UGAGGCAGACACACUUCCGCACAGUCGAAGACACACUCUGCCAGUCUCUUGCACUCACUCUCUAUGUCCAUUUAUUGAUCUCUGGGUACAUGGCAGGAACCAGAAUUACUAAUAUGCAGACGGCAGCGAAACCGCAAGCUCUGCUUCUCCCCCCUCUUGGACCUGUGCAGCUGAGGAUGAAAACAUCCAAUAGUAGCGGGGAGAGACUGAGCCAGACGAAGUCCAUGGUCAUUCCAGAACCUGAAACGCCUGGAAAACCAAUAUCUCGCCAUCGGAGGAAUCAAUCGCAACAUAGUAUCGGUGGUCCAAGCGGAGCCGAACUAUCUGUUCCUCUGCAGAGUGCGUAUCUGAACAAAGCCAAGAUUGCGGAGGGGGGCAAAAAACUGAGGAAGAACUGGACUACUGCAUGGGUUGUCCUUGGCUCUGAUCACCUUGUUUUUUACAAAGAAAGCAAACAGGAAGCCUUGGUUAAUCUGAAGCCCGGAAACAGGCCAGGUGAGGUGAAUCUUGGCGGGGCCAUUGUGGAAUGGACAAAGGAGAAGUCCAGUCGGAAGAAUGUGAUUCAGAUAAUUACCAGUAUCGGUGAUGAGUACCUCCUUCAGUCAGAUGAUUUCCCUACAAUGAGCAAAUGGCGUGAAGCUAUCAAACUGACAGCAGACAGAUCAUGCAGUGGGGCGGGAAGACAGAUGGCCAGGCCGGGCCUGCAGAGAUCCAACAGCACAGAGUUCCUCUCCAGACGAGCCUUGGAGGUCCCCGCAGCCAAAGAACCCAAACCUGAGCACAGGCGAUCACUCAUGUUCUCAUCUGGGAAGCUGAAGCACAGCGCCUCAGACAGCGCCGACAAGAACGGUGUGAAGAACAGACUGAAGAAGUUCAUCUCCCGGCGGCCCUCCAUGAAGACGCUGCAGGAGAAAGGCCUCAUUAAAGAUCGAGUGUUUGGUUGUCACCUGCUGACCCUUUGCAGUCGUGAAGGAACUACAGUGCCAAAGUUCAUCAGGCUAUGUAUACAGGAAGUGGAGAGGCGUGGUCUGGAAGCCGAUGGCAUAUACAGAGUGAGUGGUAACUUGGCCACAAUCCAGAAGCUAAGAUUCAAGGUUGACCAAGAGGAGGAGCUGAACUUGGGUGACAGCCAGUGGGAAGAUAUCCAUGUCAUCACAGGAGCACUCAAGCUGUUUUUCCGGGAAUUGCCUGAGCCCUUGUUUCCUUUCCGCUUCUUUGAGCAGUUUGUUGAGGCUAUAAAAAAUAAGGACCCCAGACAGAAGGUUCAAGUCGUGAAGAAACUGGUCAAUCAACUCCCCAAGCCAAAUCACAACACCAUGAAGCUCUUAUUUAAACAUCUGCAAACACUUCUCCGUCAUUCUUUGAAGAACCUCAUGUCAACACAAGGCAUCAGUAUUGUGUUUGGUCCAACUCUUAUGUGGCCAGAGAACGACGGAGGAAACAUGGCAUUCAACAUGGUGUACCAGAAUCAGAUCAUAGAGUACAUUCUUAUCGAGAGUCGGGAAAUCUUUGGAACAGAGGACAUUUAAAAAAAAGUACAGAAUGGUGGAACAGGAGUGUGGGAUAUGAUUCUUUUUAUUCAUUUUGAAUUAAUUAAUAUUGGUAUGAACACUGACCAGAGACUAUAUGUGAAAGGAAGCUAUCCAGAGUAACCUGAUAACCAUGUUGACUGAGAAGUGCCUUUUCACACAAGGUAUAUAUGACUGAAGGAAGUUUCAAAGUGUGUAUUGUAUAUAUUUAUGCUGUGUAUAUAUAGAUGAGUUUGAAAGAGAAUAUUUUCAGCUGUUUCUGACAAGAAUUUGGCCUCACAUCAGUUUCAUAGUAUGAUACAGAUUUACAUCAGACACUGAAAUGUUAUAUAUAUAUAAAAAAAAAGCAAUGUCCAGCUAGUUUAAAAUAUUUUCAUCAUUGUAUUUUCACAUACAGUAAAUUACUAUUUGCAUCCUUAAAAGAGUCUAUGUUACAUUUCUGUACUGCUCAGGUGUCGUUUUAUAUUACAAAUCAAUUCAGUUGUAUUUUCUGUGCUCAGUUUAGUAGUUAUAUGAAAGAAGGACUACAUAAAAGAAUAAUAAUGCAUGUAACUAUGAACAUUCGUACAAUGUGUUAUUAUCACAUUUGUAUUGCUUAAUGAGUUAUGCAUUGUGGAGUAUAACAAUGACUAUUAUGUUUGUAUCACUUAUUGUAACACCUGUUUAAUGUGAGCAAGUAAGAAAACUUGUAUAAUUUGAUAUGUGAUAUAGUGGGAUACAAGCACUGAGAAGAUCUCAGCAAUAAAGUUUCUUUACAUUACGCACA